AUGCGGCUGUCUUUCGUCUCCUCUGUGGUGGCUUUUACUGCUGCGACUUCCGCUAUCCUCGUGACUUACCCUCCGAAAGGAGCCAAGAUCGAUUUGGGUCAACCAUUGACAAUUAAGUGGGAUGCAGUGGAAACCGAUCCAGCAAAAUUUGACUUAUAUGUCGUCAAUCAAGCGGUCAAUCCUUCAGUCACCACGCUGAUUGCCUCUGGUGUCGAUACAACAAAGGGAUCUUACACUAUCCCAGCCAACGAUGCUAGCUUGACUGGUACAGAUACUGGUCCCCCUCUAGCGGUGGGAUUCUUGCCCAGUCGCAACAAUUCAAAGUCACCGGUGGAGUCUCUGAGUCGUCUUCAGCCUCCAGCUCUGCUCUUGGACUCCAACUCGCACCACCUCUUCUUCCUCUUCUGUGACUUCGUCCACUUUGAUUUCAACGCCUACAUCAAGCUCCACGAGGACACCGUCUACCUGUGCGUUUGGCUUUGA